GAGACGUGCUUGGACGCACGCGCCGAAGUCUCACUCCGCAGAAAAACGGCGCCUCUGUUGUGUUUGGGAGCGGUAGUGUCGGGACAACCGACGUCAAAUCGCUUUCACGAGCAGCACAUCCUUCACUGCGGUACGGAGAUUAUAAGACUGCUCGGAGCACGACUUGGAUUGGUCACCAGCAGAGAUCUCCAGCGACCCAACAAAUGCAGGGCUGGAGCUAAAGUCGACGCAGUUCAGCAAACAACAUGUCAGACGACGUAGGAAUGCACGGCGAGUUCGGCCAACCCUUGUCGCCGGUUGCUAGCGGGAGCAAGCGAAAGCGUACAAUGGAAUGGGCCAUGGAGGUGCCUGAGGCAGAUGUGCGCCUGCCCCUCGAUCAACACUCGUCCAAUCCCGACCAAGGACAACAUGACCAAGACAACAACCUAGACAGACAUGAGCGCCACACACCCAAGCGCAGCCGACCAUCGCCGUCGCCCACAUCUAAACAACAGCCUCGCAGCAUCCGCCGCAAAGACGCCCGCUACGGCCUGUCGUCACUCAACAGGCGCCAUGCCGAAGCAGAGGCAGAGGCUGAGCUAGAAGCAGUUGAUGUGCACAUCACAGACAGCACUCGUCCUUCUCGCUUCCAAGAGGGCAGCAUGUCAGACAAGCCCAGCGCGCAGCCCCCGAGCGUCUUUACUCGCGACCACUCGAACCCCGGCAUGCCCGCUCUGGCCAAUGUCGACCACCUCAUGACCCAGUACCACGAAGAGAACUCGACUCCCUCAGCAUACCAUACUCUCAAGCCCUCCGUGAGCUACCCUCUCCAGCGCACCGUCGGCAUUUCUCCUCAACACACGGCCAGCCAUCCCCUUCAGCACGACUCGAUCGAUCCUCCUCGACCCGUACCGACCAGCGUCCCUACCUUCGACUCGAUCGCUCCCUCGACGACCGCAUCUGUCAAGCCGGCCGGUGGUUUCUUCCGCUUCGGCAAAAUGGUUGCAUCCACCUUCAACCCAGCAAACGUAUGGGAGUCGUUCUCCCGCACCUGGAAAGAGUCCAAGGAAGAUCUGACUGUUAGAAACAUUGAAGAGAACCGCAAGCUUGCCCAGAGUCAGAGUGUACAGGACGACAAGGCCAUGUACGAACAGGCUUAUCAGGAACUUAAGAAGUCCGGCCAAUUCAACUUCACCGUCGUGCCUAACAAGGCUCUUACAUCUCCACGUAUCGGUGCUAACAGCCAAUUCAACUCGCCCAUACGUCAGCCCUUGACUUCUCCUCGUCACGCCGCUGCCUACGCUCAUCUACGUCCGGACGCAGAUUUCCCGCAGUCUCGCGACAAUUCGCUUGAUCUUGCUGACGAUUCUGCUGCCCCACCUCAACUGGCUACCCUGUUCAAACGAGACAGUAACCUUACUGUAGAGCCGAAGUCACCAACCCAUCUGUCACCUGAGAAGCCGUUGAGCAAACGCAAGUCAUUCUUCACUCUUCGAGGUGCUUCUCUUCGUGCCCCUUCCUUGACUUCUCUGAAGCGUGGUCGUUCUGUGGCCAAUCUCAGCGACACCUUUGGACGUACAUCCGAAGACAAACGCACGCCUUCCGCCUCACCAGAAAAGCCUGCCGUGCACAAUCUUCUCACUCUCCAGUCCCUGCCUCGGUCUCAAACGAAGCGAGACCUCAACAAGACCGUCAAGCUAAACAAGCGUGUCAGCGACCUCGAGUCCAAGCUUGCCGACGCUCGUCGUGAGCUGAACCAAGCCAUUACAAACGCCUCACCACUUCCAGUUCUACCUUCUCGUUUCGAAAGAUUCACUCCUACUUCAAAAUCAUCCAAAUUUGGUAGAGCUAGAUUUGGUCUAAGCAGUAGUAGGCUUCCAUCUCUACCCUCGGAAAGCCUUCUCCAAGCAGAGACGAUUGCUCAGGCUCAGGACACCCCAUCGCUUGUCAGACCAAGACCUGCUCACUCUCAGUCGUUCGACCUUACCCACCUUCGCGAUUCUGCUCAACAAAGAGACUCUGUCAUUAUUGUCGAUACACCACGCUCGGAGAUUCAGUCCUUCCUACCCAUCGACUUCUACGAUUCAGCUCCCAUGGAUCCCGCCGCUAUCGCCUCUUCCGAGGUCGGCAAUCAAAGUGAGACCGAGGAUCGUCCUAGUCUGGAUGCCAAACUCAGCGCCCUGGAGGCUAGCCACAAACAAAACGUCAAGAAGACACCUUCCAAGAAGCGCAAGAGUGCCGCAAAGGAUGACGGUAUCUACAAGCCUCCCGCAGAUGAGGAGGAAGACGAGCUAGAGAUCGUCAAGGAAAAGCUAAAGAAGAAGCCAGGAAAGCAGUAAGCAGCACGCUACUGAGCAGGUACAAGACGUCGCUCCCAUCGGCCGCUCCAGUCUGGACACCCUCGAUCCCA